GUCUUCACCCCUCCCCCUCCCCCUCCCCCUCCCGUAGCUUCAAUCAAAGCCCCGAGAAAGGCAUAGAGAGAAAGAGGAAGGGGCCGAAGAAGGAAGCGAGGGAGGCGCAAAUGGAGAGCAGGAACGUGGUGGUGUGCGACAACGGCACCGGGUAUGUAAAGUGUGGCUUUGCCGGCGAGAACUUCCCUACAUCUGUGUUCCCUUGUGUCGUCGGAAGGCCAUUGCUUCGCUUUGAGGAGUCACUCCAGGAACAAGAAUUGACGGAUAUCGUCGUUGGAGCAGCUUGUGCUGACUUGAGACAUCAACUUGAUGUAUCAUAUCCUGUCACCAAUGGGAUUGUUCAAAAUUGGGAUGAUAUGAGCCAUAUAUGGGAUCAUGCCUUUUACAGUGAGCUCAAGGUUGAUCCAUCUGAGUGUAAAAUCCUACUGACAGAUCCACCACUCAAUCCUGUGAAAAACCGUGAAAAGAUGAUUGAGACAAUGUUUGAGAAAUAUAACUUUGCUGGGGUCUUCAUCCAGAUACAAGCAGUUCUUUCCCUAUACGCACAAGGCUUGCUAACCGGACUCGUCAUAGAUUCUGGUGAUGGUGUCACUCAUGUGGUGCCUGUAGUUGAUGGUUACUCUUAUCCGCAUCUUACGAAAAGAAUGAACGUAGCGGGAAGGCAUAUAACAUCCUAUCUUGUUGAUCUACUCUCAAGAAGAGGGUAUGCUAUGAACAAAGCUGCUGACUUUGAGACAGUGAGAGAAAUAAAAGAGAAGCUCUGCUAUCUAAGCUAUGAUUACAAACGUGAAUACCAGCUAGGACUUGAAACAACAAUCCUUGUCAAAAGUUACACUCUUCCAGAUGGAAGAGUAAUUAAAGUUGGCACUGAACGGUUUCAAGCUCCUGAGGCUCUUUUCACUCCAGAACUGAUAGAUGUUGAAGGUGAUGGGAUGGCAGAUAUGGCAUUCCGUUGCAUUCAAGAAAUGGACAUUGACAACAGGAUGAUGCUUUAUCAACAUAUCGUCCUUAGUGGUGGAAGUACCAUGUAUCCUGGUCUGCCAAGCCGGCUGGAGAAGGAAAUUCUUGAUCGCUAUCUGGAUGUAGUUUUGAAGGGAAACAAAGAUGGGCUUAAGAAAUUACGACUGCGGAUAGAGGAUCCUCCUCGCAGAAAGCACAUGGUCUACCUGGGAGGUGCAGUACUCGCUGGAAUCAUGAAGGAUGCACCAGAGUUCUGGAUUACCAGGCAGGAGUACCAGGAAGAAGGUGUUGCCUGCCUAAGGAAGUGUGGACAGGCAUAAGCUGCAAUCAUCGAGGAGCUUAUCAUCCAACACGUGGUCCUCAACAGAAGAAAUGGAGGGCCCUCCAUGCCGCCUGAAAGUAGGGCCAGAUCUUAUGAGCCCGCCAUGGAUCAGGUCAUGGAGUGAAAGGUUACAUGUAGAAAGAAGAGCUCAGCAUUACAACUUCGUUGUUUGUGUCAUGUUAUAGUCUAGCCAUCGUGAUGUUGCCGUAGGGGACAGUAUUUGUAUUGGCUACUCAAUAUUGCCUCUGCUGGACCAUCUUGCGCAUUUGAGAUAUGGUUGAGCUAUCUUGUGAAUUUCAGAUAUGGAGCACACCCUUGAUUUCUAUCUUCUUUUCCACGUAA